AUGCACAUACUUCUGAUGUCAAUCCCCCUUUACCAUGCAUUGGUUGCAGAGUCGUCCAUCCCCGAAGUCGACGUUGCCAUAAUCGGCGGUGGUCUAUCAGGAUUAUCUACCGCCAAGAAUCUUGCAGCGGCCAAUCGAUCCUUCGUUAUCCUAGAAGCAAGAGACCGAGUCGGUGGUCGCGUGCUCAAUGCCAAUCUCACAGGAAAGAACGUCCAAGAACUAGGCGCCGCAUACGUUGGACCAACACAAAACCGCGUGCUAGCUCUCACAGCCGAACUCGGUCUACCCACCUACAAGACAUACACGGUGGGAAAGGCAACGUUCUAUCGAAACCACACAGCGCGUCAUUAUCAAGACAGUUUAGGUGGCAUACCUCCCGUGGGCCUAGACUCACUCGUUGAACUUGCACUCUUCAUGAACGACAUCAAUACCCUAGCGAGUAAAGUCGACCUAGAAGCACCAUGGAGUACUCCGAAUGCUCCGGCGCUGGAUUCAAUGACCCUAGAAACAUACGUCAACUCUCGACUCUCCACUGCCGACUCUCGCGUUCUCCUCGACGUGGCCAUCCCAGCCAUCCUAUCGACCGAACUGAGAGAACCGUCUCUGCCCUACGCGUUGUGGUGCAUAGCUGCCGCCGGAGACGAAUCGGGACCUGGAACAAUCAACCGCCUCAUCGGCGUCGACGGAGGUGCACAGGACAGUCGAGUUAGGGGUGGAACGCAGUUGCUCGCAACCCGACUCGCCGACAAACUCGGCUCACAAAACAUCUACCUCAACACACCCGUGCGCAAAGUCCAGCUCAAAGAAUCCCGCUAUCUAGUCUCUUCCGAUGAAGUCGCCAUUUCAGCCCGACACGUGGUGGUGGCCAUGUCCCCACCUCUAGCAAGUCGCAUCACAUUCGAUCCGCUCCUACCCGCCGGAAGAGAUCAGUUAAACCAGCGCAUGCCCAUGGGGGCACUUGGCAAAGCCAUUGCUAUCUUCCCCAGCGCCUGGUGGCGGCAUGAAGGGCUCAACGGCGAAGGUGUGAGUGACACCGGAUCGAUCCGAGUGACAUACGACAACUCGCCGGCGGAUGGAUCCUUCGGGGCAAUCAUGGGGUUCAUUGAAGCGGAUGAGAUGCGCAAGCUGGAUGCUGUGAGCGAGGACGAGGUUAAGCGCCAGGUCAAGCAGAGUUUUGCGAAUUUCUUUGGUCCGCGCAUGGAAAAUGCUACUGAUGUCCUCGUGCAGAGGUGGGAUCUGGAGGAGUUCUCCCGUGGGGGUCCUAGUGCUUUCAUGCCGCCGGGGGUUUUGACGCAGUAUGGGUCUUUUUUACGGGCUCCGGUUGGGAGGAUCCAUUUUGCUGGAACUGAGACUUCGCUAAGGUGGAUUGGGUAUAUGGAUGGGGCUAUCAGCUCGGGGGAACGGGUUGCUGGGGAGAUUUUGGAGAAUUGGUGA